GGGAGUGGGUAUGUAUAUAAAGUGCUGUUUGCAUCUGAUAGCUCGACGAAGCCAGCUAUGAGAGGCCUAGGGAGAUGGAUGCGUAGGGGAAGCGCUACUCUGACUGCGAGCAAGGUCAGGAGCUCGCUGCCCCGCCGCUGAGAAGUUCCUUGGACGCGAACAGACGUCGACUGCGGCUAGGCAGAGCGCUGAGGGAGCGAGCGAGGGAGCGAGCGAGAGCCGCGGAGUCGCCCGCGCUCGCUGAGGGGAGAGGUAGUUCGCGCCCCGCGGCCCCGGCUCGGCCCCGCGCACCCCGCCAUGGCGGAGGUGGGGGGGGUCCUCGCCUCCUUGGACUGGGACCUACACGGCUUCUCCUCCUCUCUGGGGAACGUGCCCUUAGCUGACUCCCCGGGCUUCCUGAACGAGCGCCUCGGCCAGAUCGAGGGGAAGCUGCAGCGCGGCUCGCCCACAGACUUCGCCCACCUGAAGGGGAUCCUGCGGCGCCGCCAGCUGUACUGCCGCACCGGCUUCCACCUGGAGAUCUUCCCCAACGGCACAGUGCACGGCACCCGCCACGACCACAGCCGUUUCGGAAUCCUGGAGUUUAUCAGCCUGGCUGUAGGCUUGAUCAGCAUCCGGGGAGUGGACUCUGGCCUGUACUUAGGAAUGAAUGAGCGAGGAGAACUCUAUGGGUCGAAGAAGCUCACACGUGAAUGUGUGUUCCGGGAACAAUUUGAAGAAAACUGGUACAACACCUAUGCUUCCACCUUGUACAAACACUUGGACUCGGAGAGACAGUAUUAUGUGGCCUUGAAUAAAGAUGGCUCACCCCGGGAGGGAUACAGGACUAAACGACACCAGAAAUUCACUCACUUUUUGCCCAGGCCAGUAGAUCCUUCUAAGUUGCCCUCCAUGUCCAGAGACCUCUUCCGCUAUAGGUAAUGGAAGCCUAGUGUGACCUUUGUGACCCCUGUACUCUAGGGCCACAGUUGUCUCCACAAGCACUAUACUCAUAGCUUCUCAAUCCUCUUUCCUACCAGUUUAGAUAACAGAGGAGCACUUCCUGUUCAACUCGAUCCAGCUGUUCCCUUGUUCAAAGUGUAUAUCA